AUGAGUGGCGAUCGUCUUUCUGGUGUGAAUGUUUCUGUCUGGCCGAUUCAAAAUGAUCACAACGUAAUUUUGGAAACUACAAAGACAACAAAAACAACAAAGAAUGGACAUUAUAAUUUGGCUUUGGAGCCAGGAACAUAUCGAGCAGUGAUUAUGGCUGUUGGUUAUGAUCCAAUGAGUAGUACUUUUACAGUUUCAAUUGGACAAUCGACGGUUAAACAUUAUGCUUUACACCGACCAUUUACAAUGAGCUUUGAACGUAGUAUAGUUGCCGCAUUAAUUGCAUUAACAAUGCUUUCAAUAUCAUUUGUAUGUUUAUUUUUUAAAAAAUAUUACAAAAUUUUAAUUUUGAAGUGUUGUUUAUGUCGAUCCAUGAGGCGCUCGAAAACAAAAAAAUCUUUGGCAGCUACGCAGGUUAAAGUGAAUGAAAGGAGAAAAGAUGGAUUUGAACGUGUGCCUCUUCGGGAUUACCAUUCCGACAAUGACUCUGACGAUUCUGAUGAGGAGGAAGUUCUGGAUACGCGAAGAAUGGCUAUGCCUGUUUGACAUUGUAAUUUUUAGUCUUUCUUGGAAUGAUAGGGAUUUUUUAGUUUAAUUUUUGAGAAUAUUUGAAUUAACUUAAAUUCCAAAAUAAAUUUUUUUAAAUCUCUUCAUUCCGAGAUUAUGUACAUUAUUGACUUUUAUGUGCUCUCUAAUCACUAUUAUUCAUUUUAUUUUUAAUUUGGUGGCCGGUUUAUGAAUUAUUAAAUAUU